GUCUGUGUGCGAACGUGUUCCAGCACCUUGGCUUCCUAAAAGUGCAGGAAUUGUUUACCAGUUCAGUGCUUAAAUUUGACUGAGACAGUAGAACAGACAAUUAAAACCAGCUGUAUGGGGUGAGAUCAAAGGUCUGUCUUGUUUGGAUUGCUGUUUCUGCAAGUGGCACAUAGCAGAUGCUUAGGAAACACCGUAACAACAGGGUGAGCGUGCUGUGAUUCUUUGGGAAACCAGCCAGGCCUCCAGCAAUUUGAGGUUAAGGGAUUGCCUGAGUCAAAUGUGAUGUUCUUGUAUUUAAGAGUCCUUUUUCACCCGUGACUUAGAUAUACGUGUUUUUCAAACGAGAACAAAAUGAGGGCGUCUUAAUAGAAAAUGUUUAUCUUUUAAAAAAUAUAAUUGAGCUCAUAUUAUUGUCAUAGGUACUUUCAUUUUGUCAGGAUUAAAUUUGCCUGUCCAAGGAUUACUGAUUCAUGAGUAACAUCCUGUGUUUUGAAUAGAGUUGGAAGAAUCCAGGCAUUUCAAGUUUUGAGUAACGGGCAUCUUACAAGAUUACCACACCUAAACUGGGAAGGCAGAUGCAUCUCUGAGUACCAGACUGGUGUGUGCACUGCAUGUACAUGAAAACGCACAUGUUUCUGUCAUCACGUAGACUUUAUCUGGCACAUUCCUGAGAGCUUUGCAGUUGAUGAAAAUUUAUCUGAGAACCAGAUGGAGCACCUUUGCAGCACAGGAAUCCGUAAUCCAUGGAAAGACACCUGCCAGUAACAUUCAGCUUUGCACAUGGUCUUCACGGCUGAAAAAAGUUUGCAAGAAGAGAAGGAGGAAACACCCUCUGCAGAAGAAGCCUAAUAAAUACCUCCACAAUCUAAAUCAAUAGCUGUGAGGGAAACAGAAAAAUCAAGAGGGCAGAGGAAACUGAUUUAGUUCCAGCAGAAGAAUAAUGGUCUUCGGCACGUUUUGCUUUGGGCUCAGUAGAUUGUGAAUGGACUAAUAAAUUGUGACCUGCUGAGUAAUGAUGACUGGAAGUAAAUAAGUUGAGGAACUAUGGGACAAGUCUGGGCACUGAACUGAGCAAACCUCACCGCCCUUGAGUUAACCAGGUCAUCAGACUUGCAUAUUCUUUCUCCCUCUCUUUUUUCCUCUUUUCGCUUGGUGUGGUAUAAAUACUAGCUAAUUGAGCUCAUAAAUGUUAUUCAAAUAAAACGAUUGGAAUACUUCAUAUGUUUCCUUCUUGUACAGCUGCAAAUGUUGUGUCUGGAACUAUGAAUCUGUGCUGUAGACAAGCAUCAAGAAGGAAAGAUCCGAUCAAACAAACAAGGAAAAUACCUAGAGAAAUAGAGAACCCAGGAAGUCAGAUUUUUAAUGCUGCUUCUCUUUCUUUUUUAGAUGAUUAUAAUUCUUCCUUCCUUGAAUUUUAGAAGAUUUUGAAAGAGUGCAUACUUGAUGUGCUUUAAUUCUGGCAUUUGUUUUUUUUAUGGUAGAAUGAAAAGUCUGUGAUUCCUUGUAGCAGAAAAAAACAGAAAAGUAAAGGAAAAACAGCUUGACAUUUUAGCCUGUUUCACAGGAGAGAGAACUUCACGGUUCACCUGAGGCAAACUUAUCUACUUUGAAAGCUAAAAGCUUUAGAGCAUUUUGGAUUCUGCUAUAAAUGAAGAGAGGGUUCUUUUUCAUUCGUGUGUGGCAGCAAAAAGUGGGAAAGCAGGCAAGAUAGCGUGAUAAACAGUUCAGGCUGUGUUGGGUCUCUGGUGGAAAAAAAGUGCUGCAAUGGAAAUUGGAUUGGCUUUGGAUUGCAAAAACUUUUGAGUCCAACGAGCGGUUCAGUACCAAGAGGGAUUUCCCAACUGGCCUGGCACACCAGUGCCUGCACAAGUUCGGGUCUGUUGUUUCACACGGUUUGUGUGCCUUUUUUUCCCUUUAUGCAAUCUCUUUCAGCUUUAGCAGCAGAAAUACAUCAGAUGGAAAAGAUAUGCCAGAGGGCAGCUUGGAAAAGAGGAAGGUCAUAUAUAUACAGAUAUAUGUAUGUGCGUGUGUUUAAAUUUCUGCAACUGAACUUUUGAAGAAAAUCUGACUGGAGGAAAUUUUAAAAGCCUUAAGUUACUUGAAACCUACACAUUUGCAACUCUUUGUCUCUGGAAUUGCAUUACGCUAAACUGGAAUCUCAGGCUGUAUAAAGAUUAUAUCAAGUUGAGCAAAAAGAUGACUUAACCAUUUCUUGAGCGCCUCUUAUGAAGUAGCUGUUUCUCCAAAGGAUAAGUGCACCCCCACUCUACAGACUCAAAACAAAAAUGAACCUGAUUUUUUUUUUUAAGUGUUACUUUUUCUUAGCCAACUGCCAUCAUCUUUUAUAGAGGAAUUUUUCACUAUGCAUUUGGUGGAUAUUUAUAAACACUGACCCCAUCCUCCUCCCUUUCAAUGAUCUAUCCCAGGUCAGUCUUAUCAAUAAAAAAAAAAAAAAAAAAUUGAUUUAAAUUUUGUGCACUAGACAUAUUACUUUCUUAUGUCAAAAAAUAAAAUAUUUAAAAAGCAUGUAUGCAGCAGUGGAACAUGGGCCUGUUCUUUGCAGCGAUUCCAACAUCCUCUGCCUCUCCUGGAAAGGCAGAGUCCCCAAAAGUGAGAAGGAGAAACCGGUGUGCAGGAGGCGGUACUAUGAGGAAGGCUGGUUGGCAACAGGCAAUGGCAGAGGAGUUGUAGGCGUCACUUUUACUUCCAGCCAUUGCAGGAGGGACCGGAACACCCCUCAGAGAAUCAACUUCAAUUUGAGGGGCCACAACAGUGAGGUUGUGCUGGUGAGAUGGAAUGAACCAUUCCAGAAAUUAGCAACCUGCGAUGCAGAUGGAGGAAUAUUUGUUUGGAUACAGUAUGAAGGCAGAUGGUCUGUGGAGCUUGUGAACGAUCGUGGGGCACAGGUAAGCGACUUUACAUGGAGCCAUGAUGGAACUCAGGCACUUAUCUCCUAUAGAGAUGGAUUUGUGCUGGUCGGUUCAGUCAGCGGACAAAGACACUGGUCUUCAGAAAUAAACUUGGAGAGUCAAAUCACCUGUGGCAUAUGGACUCCAGAUGACCAACAGGUUCUGUUUGGCACUGCUGAUGGACAGGUUAUCGUCAUGGACUGCCAUGGCCGAAUGCUGGCCCAUGUGCUCCUUCAUGAGUCAGAUGGCAUCCUCAACAUGUCCUGGAACUACCCCAGCUUCCUGGUGGAGGACAGCAGCGAGAGUGACACAGACUCCGACGACUAUUCCCCACCACAAGAUGGACCAGCUGCGUAUCCAGUCCCGGUACAGAACACCAAGCCACUACUUACUGUCAGCUUCACGUCAGGAGACAUCAGUUUAAUGAACAAUUACGAUGACUUGUCUCCUACUAUCAUCCGCUCAGGGUUGAAAGAUGUGGUGGUGCAGUGGUGCACACAAGGAGACCUGCUUGCAGUAGCAGGCAUGGAGAAGCAGAACCAGCUGGUUGACCUCAGCAAUGGUUCCCUGUUGAAAAGCGCACUUGUCAAGUUCUACAACGUGCGUGGGGAACAUAUCUACACUCUGGAGACACCUGUGCAGCGUCCCAUCAUCUCCAUCUGUUGGGGUCACAGGGAUUCCCGCCUGCUGAUGGCUUCUGGGCCCGCGCUGUACGUUGUCAGAGUGGAGCACAGGGUCUCCAGUCUGCAGCUGCUGUGCCAGCAGACCAUCGCCAGCUGUCUGCGGGAUGACAAGGACAUCAGCAAGCUGACCCUGCCCCCUCGGCUCUGCUCGUACCUCACCACUGCCUUUAUACCAACAAUCAAGCCUCCAAUCCCAGACCCAAACAAUAUGAGAGAUUUUGUCAGCUACCCAACAGCUGGUAAUGAGCGGCUUCACUGCACCAUGAAGCGGACAGAAGAUGACCCAGAGGUUGGUGGUCCAUGUUAUACUCUGUACUUGGAAUACCUUGGGGGAUUGGUGCCCAUCCUGAAAGGACGUCGUAUCAGCAAGCUGCGGCCGGAGUUUGUCAUCAUGGAUCCUAAAACAGAUGGAAAAGCAGAUGAAAUCUAUGGAAACAGCUUGAUUUCCACUGUGAUUGACAGCUGCAACUGCUCUGACUCCAGCGAUAUUGAACUCAGCGACGACUGGGCAGCAAAGAAAUCUCCAAAAAUCAGUCGAGCUAGCAAAUCACCUAAACUCCCCAGAAUCAAUAUAGAAGCUCGCAAAUCUCCAAAGAUGUCACGAGCUGCACAGGAGAUCUCAAGAUCACCAAGGUUACCAAUAAGGAAACCCUCUAUUGGUUCUCCAAGCCUGACACGAAGAGAGUUUCCUUUAGAAGAUAUUACUCAGCACAACUACCUUGCUCAGGUCACAUCUAAUAUCUGGGGAACCAAGUUUAAAAUUGUGGGUUUGGCUGCUUUCCUACCAACUAACCUUGGUGCAGUAAUAUAUAAAACCAGUUUGCUGCAUCUGCAGCCUAGGCAGAUGACAAUAUAUCUCCCAGAAGUGCGGAAGAUUUCAAUGGACUACAUUAACAUGCCUGUCUUUAAUCCAAAUGUUUUCAGCGAAGACGAAGAUGAUUUACCAGUGCCCGGCGCCCCCGGCGCGCCCGCCAGCAGCCCGCCCUGCACCGUCAACAUCCCCAUCGCGCCCAUCCACAGCUCGGCGCAGGCCAUGUCGCCCACGCAGAGCAUCGGCCUGGUCCAGUCGCUUCUCGCCAACCAGAACGUACAGCUGGACGUGCUGGCAAACCCGCCGGCCGAGGCGGGGGGCGAGGGGCUCGAUCUCUGCCUCAAGAAGGGGGAGUUCUCCCUCUACCCGGCGGGGCACUACCAGACGCCCCUGGGGUACGAGCGGAUAACGACGUUCGACAGCAGCGGGAAUGUGGAGGAGGUGUGCCGGCCUCGCACCAGGAUGCUCUGUGCCCAGAGCACCUACACCCUGCCGGGGCCCGGCAGCUCCGCCACCUUGCGCAUCACAGCUGCCGAGAAGAAGAUGCAGCAGCCCUGUGCCAGCGCCACCUUGAACCGGCUCACGGUCCCCCGAUACUCCAUCCCAAGCGGGGACCCGCCGCCCUACCCUGACAUUGCCAGCCAGCUGUCCCAGGGCAGGAACAUGGCGCAGAGGCUGGACAGCAGUAUCAUUCAUGCUACUCUGCGCAGGAACAGCAGAGAGGCAGCCCUGAAAAUGGCUCAGCUGAUGGAUGGUCAGAGAGCCACCUUACAACUUCCCCCUAAGGCCAAGAGCAACAUUGUGUCAGCACAGUACCAGCAGAGAGUGCCCACAGCGUUGUACACCUGCAGCCAGUGCAGCAGUGGCGGCGCUGGCAGCAGCAGCAGCAGUGUAAGCGCUGGUGGCGCAGCCAACAUCGCCAGCGCCAAUGCUGCCAGCAGCACUUCCAGUGUUGGUGGCAUGAGACCAGAUCUGAGCACAGGGAGUGGCUCCCAACACAGCUCUGUCAUUGCUCACUCUGUCAGUACUUCGCCUCUGGCCUCCCAGUCCUCUUACAGCUUGCUGAGCCCACCUGACAAUUCCCGUGACCGAGCGGAUUAUAUCAACUCCGCUUUCACGGAGGAUGAGGCCCUUUCUCAGCACUGUCCAGUGGAGAAAUCGGUACGGCACGUACCUGUGUCCUUGACAGAGGCUACCCUUAGUGUAAAACGCCCCCCUCCGUACCAGUGGGAUCCUAUGGUGAGCGAAGAGAUAUGGGUUCCUCAGGAAAGGACAUCUCAGAGCUCAGUGCCCAACCCUCUAAAACCUCCUCCACUCAUCAUUGGUCAAGCUCAACAUCUGGACAUGUCUCGAGUGCCAUUUGUUUCCCCCAAGUCUCCCACCAGUCCCACUGCCACUUUUCAGACGAGUUAUGGGGUUGGAGUACCUUACCCAGGAAGCUACAGUGCCCCACCCCUUCAGGGAAUGCAGGCUCCCUGCUCCCCCAAAGAAGCUCUGGCCCCAACACAGUUUGCACAGCAGGAGCCCACAGUUGUGCUUCAGCCAGGUUAUCCAUCCAACCUCUCCUAUUGCCCUUUGCCACCCAUGUACCCGGGAAGUAGCACUUGCUCUAGUUUACAGCUGCCACCGAUCGCCUUGCACCCGUGGAGCUCCUACAGCGCCUGCCCGCCUGUACAGAACCCCCAGGGCACCUUGCCCCCCAAGCCACUCCUCGUGGUGGAGAAGCCGGUGAUGUCUCCCCCACCAGCAGAGCUGCAGGGCCACGUGGGCACAGAGGUCAUGGUGGAGACGGCAGACACUUUCCAGGAGGUGCUCUCCUUGACAGAAAGCCCUGUUCCUCAAAGGACAGACAAAUUUGGCAAGAAGAGCCGGAAGCGCCUGGACAGUCGAGCCGAGGAAGGAAAUGUGCAGGCUAUCACUGAGGGCAAGAUUAAAAAGGAGGCAAGGACACUGACUGACUUCAAUUCACUGAUAGCCAGCCCUCGGCUGGGGAGAGAGAAGAAGAAGGUCAAGAGCCAAAAAGAUCAGCUGAAAUCUAAGAAACUAAACAAGACAAAUGAGUUUCAGGACAGUUCAGAGAGUGAGCCAGAGCUUUUUAUCAGCGGAGAUGAACUGAUGAACCAGAGCCAGGGCAGCAAAAAGGGUUGGAAAACUAAAAGGAGUUUGAGGACAGCCAGUGAGCUGGAUGAAUUCAAGUGCCGGAAGGCCAGUGAGAAGGAGGAUGGGCGACUGGGAAGCCAAGGCUUUGUGUAUGUGAUGGCAAACAAGCAGCCACUGUGGAACGAGGCAACGCAAGUAUACCAGCUGGACUUUGGAGGGCGUGUGACCCAGGAGUCGGCAAAAAACUUCCAGAUUGAGCUGGAAGGACGACAGGUGAUGCAGUUUGGAAGAAUUGAUGGCAAUGCUUACAUUUUGGACUUCCAGUAUCCAUUUUCUGCAGUGCAAGCCUUUGCUGUUGCUCUGGCUAAUGUGACUCAACGCCUCAAAUGAAAAAGCAGAGACUGGAGAGAGGAAAAUGUUAACCUUCUCAUAAAGUCCAAACCGGAAAAUGUCAGGGCAGCCUGCUUUAGGUGUGCAGAGAUGCCUGGGAGCUGAGGAGGCAGUAAAACUGGAAAAGUCUCUUGGUGCCCACCAGAAGGGCAUUAACUCUAACCAGUCACGGGGUGGAGGGUGGGGGGCUGUUUUCUGUUUGUUUGUUUGUUUGUUAGCUUGUUUGUUUUCCGGUUUCUUUUUCUUUUCAAGCGUUGUGCUGGGUCUCAGAAAGAGCGAAGGGUUGAGAACCAUUCAGUGUUACGUGGAGAAGUGUGGCUUUUGGCUUGUUGUGGUGGUUCUGCUGUGUGUGCUACAGUAGCUGAUGUAAGCUCAUGGGGGGAUUAAAACAGACUGCUCUUUUUGAUAGACUGCCUUAUCUCAUGCUAUUCUUUUUAAAACAGGGAACAUGACUUUUUUCUGGUCCAGUUUGUACUUCUACUAUUAAAACAUAAGUGAUAGCAGCAGAAAAGUAAAAAAAAGAAAAGAAGCUGUAAUACUUGACAUGUGUUUGUUCUCUGAUAUCUGCUAAUAACUGAGCACCACAGGCUCCAAGGAGGCUUAUGCAGGCAAACCUUUAAUUUACAAACAGUGUCAUAUUAUUCAGAAAAGAAAAAAUGGUUGUCACUGGGUGUUUGUCAUGGUUUAGGAAUGGUAUUGUCCAGUUUAGUGUUUCCACCAAAACACUGCAAACCACACACCACGUGCUCACAGCCCCUUCCCCUUUUCCCUUCCCUGCGGUGGGAUGGAGAGGAGAAUUGGAGGCACAAAAGGUAAAGAUCACAGGUAGAGAGAAGGAUUUAUUGCAAACAACAGUGAAAUAAGAAACAGCAACAGCAGCAGUGACGAUAACAGAGUGCACCAGAGGCAAAGGAUUCGCAGGCAUAUGCUCACCACAGGGGAGCCUCUGCCAAUACCUGGCUGUGCUGCCACACUCUGUGACCCACUUGCAACCCCUUCCCAUGGCCCCAGAAAAUGCUGGGAGGUGGUACAGAAUAACCUCAGGGUUCUAGCCUUGCCCUCUCCUGACUACUGCAAAAAUACUGUCCUGACUAGAACCCGGGUUUAAAAACCUACUGUAUCAAAGAAGUUGAUGUCUGUUUGUUUCAUAUGCUGUUAAGGGGGAUAAACAUCUUUCAGUAGGUGACAGAAGACAGAGGAACAAAUAGUUACAAGCAUUGCUUCUUUUGUUACUGGCAUAACCAUCUUUCAGUAGGUGACAGAAAACUGGAGAGGAAAUAAUCAUGAGUGUUGCUUUUUUGUUCACAUCGUUCAGCAGUAUUCUGUGAUUUGGCCUGUAGCUGGGAGAGGUGCAGUGUGAUCAGAUGUACCUCUGAGACUAUGCCUGUGCUUGCUCAUUUCAGUGUGUUUACACUAUGUAAACAAAGUUUUUUUUCCAGCAAAUGAGAUGACCCAGUGUAUUCAGUCCUCUUAGCAAUCAGUAUCAAUCAAGUUCUACAACAGUGCUUGAAUUAGGAAGGAGACGUAAGUGUAGCAAGUCAUUACAGAAAGAAAUUUCAGGGAAGCAAAUUCAUUACAAUAAACAGGAUCAUGGCUGGCUGGAGAACAAAUGUGUUGAAGGAGAAAGGAAAAACUGGACAGAUUCAUGUCUUUUGUCACCCACCUUGCUACUUGCUCCAGCUAAGAGCAGGGAGCCAGCGUCUACAUGGAGCGUGACAGAGGAAAGCUUAAUAACAGUAACAGACUGUGCAGUUCUCUCUGGUGCACAUGCAAAUCUGUUGAGCAUUUCAGAAGGUUGCUUGCACAGAAGAGUUUCUUUCUUUUCCAUGUGUUGUGCUCAUGAUUAUUUGCUUUUUCUCUUUCCUUCUUGUCAGCAUUUUGCUACAGAAUAUGUUGUUAUAUGGAAGUAGUUUGACCAGUAAUACACAAACCCCCAAACUAUUCAUAUAAUUAUUUGGACAUUAGAUUACAAAACAUCACAGCAGAUUUUUUUCGAAGAUUGAUCUUUUGAAGUUAAAGGCCCACUGGGAAACAUUUGGUAGUUGAUAUGUCAACAGCUGCUUUGUCUUUCAUCUAUGGUUUAGGUUCUUUACUUGAAAAACUCAGUAUAACUUAAGAUAAAUACGUGUGAUUUUCUCUCCUUGUUUUUCUUGAGUCCUAGUAGUAAGGCAGAUGUGUAUUGCAUUUGAUUUAUUCUGGAGGAACAUUUCACAUAAGACCCUGCUGUAGUAGAAAUUACCAAUAUGCAGUGAGCUGCUGAUUUGUGCUCUGCUGAGGCUCCCAGAGCUGUACAGCACAGAGAAGGAAUGCCAGUAGAACAGUUUCAGAGAGUUGCCAAGGGAGGUGAUGAGUUACACUGGAUAAUGCCCCACAGGAUAGGUCCGGGAAAAACCACUUGUGGGAUGGUGUCAUUUGAGAGAGGAAGGAGAAGUAGGAAGGAAGGAGUGAGGCAGUAGAUGGUCCAUACCUGUAUUAUCCCAGGGCUUAGCAGCUUCUGCUUGUGUGUGGGAGUGGUCAGGCUCAACAUUACCCUUGGCAUGUCAGAUUGUUGUUUUCUUUAAUUAAUUUGUUUUGUUUCCAUUAAUUGUCUGAGCCCAUUUGUGUUCUUUUUCACAUACUUGAUUUAUUCAGCAGUUUGAGUGCCUGUAUGUAUAAUGUGUGUGGAGCAGAGGAACUGAAAUAGUUUUGGUUCUGGUCCCUUGAAAAUCAAUGGGCAUGUUUCACUUGUUGGUUUUUAUUGAGGAAACACUAUUAAGCCCUUUGUCUAUAUUGAAUUAUAAACUGUAAAAGCAAUAGGUUGAAUUCUUAGUCCACUGAUUCCAGUACAUAGGGAGGAGAGUUCACUGAUGAGAGGCUUCACCUGCCCUAAGGUCUGUGCUAACCAGCUGAACCCUAAUUAGUGUUUGACAGGCACACAGUGAACACUGUAAGACAAGGAACAUACCAGGGCUGGCUUGUUUGCUUGCUGAGGGAAGGGCCACUUAGUCAUGUGUCAGAAAUACUCAGCUGGAAGAACAUCACCAGCCAAGAUUAUUAGGACAUGGAAACAAUGUGAAAGUUCUUUUCUGAAGAAAACCUAGUCUAAAUAAGGAUUUCUGCUUGCAGUUUCUUCAGCCUUCCAGAGAACAGUAUUCCUCUUCACUUUGUUAAUUGCCAGAAUUUUCCAGUUAUCAAUAGUUUGUUUUAAUGGAGAACCAAGAACUGAAACUGAUAAAACAAGUAACAGAGUUAGUAAUUUGAUUUCACUGGUCCAGGUCAUGAUUGCAUCCUUCUGAUGGCACUCACAAAGAGACUUGUCAUAGAAGGAGCUCUGGUUUCUGUCCCAGCAAAGAACAAGGAAUAAUUACCAAAAAAACGGGAAAACAAAUGCUAUUUCCAACAUCCUUUCCAUUUAAUUGUCAGAAAAUUCUAUAAGAUAGCCUUUUAUUUUUUUGAAAAUAAUUUAGCCAAGUCUAUUUAAUUAAGGAUUUUUAAUAUGUAUAGAAUCCCAAUAUUAGAGAGAGAAAAUACUCUCAAAUAUAUUGAAUUUUAAUGAAAAGAAUGGUAAACAUGUGGAAAUCUGAGUGUGCAACUGGGUCCUAAAUUAAAAAAAGAACAAGUGAGAGUAAUUUUAUUUUCAAUUGAGCUACAAUAUAGGAAACUAAUUUAAGAAUGUCUCCAAUUAAUCACUUAAAUUGUGAAGACUGCUAUUGCAUUCAGCCAAAAGAUAGAUGUUGUAUGUUCUAUUUUGUUAGUAAAAGCCACUUUUUCUGUAGGUAACUUAAGUUCUUCUAGGAUGAAUGUAGCAAAGUGUUCAGAAAUAUUUAGUUCUUUUAUACAAGCAGUAAUUUCCACUAGUAAAGGAUGUUUUUUCCAAAGCAUAUUUUUUUCAGUUGUGCAAUAAUUUUAACAGUCUAGGGAGCUUAUUUAGUUUCUGUUGGGUUGGUUUUUUGUUUUGUUUUAGUUUGGGUUUGACUAUUCUUUAGGGAGUUUUGAGUGUUUUUUUAAAAUAAUUUAAUGCAGAUUUCCUGUUAAAGUCCAAAAAACAAAUUAUUUUUCUUGCAUAAUGUAAUGAGUGAUUUAGGGAUUAUUUUAUUACUACGUAUCAGUGAGUUAUACACAGUUAUUUAUAUUUAAAGAGCAUCUUUGUAAGUAGUUGUUUGCUAGCAGGUAUAUUUUGCUACAAGAAAUUAAAAAUGCUUAUAGGAAGACCUGGUUUUGCUGGAUAAUAUGCAAAAACUGAAUAAUGCAGGCAAAACUAUUUUUUUGGCAGCUAAAUGCAAUGAGUUUGCUAUGGAGAACUGUGCAGACUACAAAGAGUCUAGGUGAGUUCUUCAGGACCUGCAGAAAUCUGUCCUCUGCUUUCAUUCUUUAUUUGCAACCAUACUUUGGUUGGGAGUGGCUUAAAAAUUAGAAGGCAUGGUUUGCUUUUUCUUGAGGUACAAGAUAAGGUGGGUUAUGUGAUAAGAGAGGUGGUAUAUGUGAUAUGUACAUAUGUUAUAUGUGAUACAAUGACACGGGCUCUUUGUAAGGGGGUCACUGUAGUUUAGUAGGGUUUGGCAAUGGCAGGGUUCAGUGCCAGGUGGAGGAACAGGCAAACUAGCUUGGAAUAAGCUGAGGCACAAGGAAUAGUGUAGCAGCAGAAGCAUUUUCCUCUGUAGCAUUUUCCUCUGCUCAACCUAACCAUGCUCCUCCUUUGGCUGGGCUCAGCGGGUUCCAGCACUGCCACAGUGCUUCUGGCAGGUGCUGCACGGAGCUCAUGGAGCUGUGCCCAGAUACUGCCUGCAGAAGCUUUGCCUCUUCAAGAUGCUCCAUAGGAGACCUGUUGGAGCAGGCAUUCCUCCACUCAUCCUUCUAGGUCUGCUCCAAGAGCAGCAUGAAGCUGCCACGGAGUUUGGCUGCAGCAGCUUUGGGCAGAGAAAGCCCCAAGCCAGCCUGCAGCCACAGUGUCCAUCUGAAGUCAGAAUCUGCUCUGCUGGAGUUGCAAAGGAAUGAAACCAAAAACCUGAUAAUUUUGAAAAAAGAAUGGUGAUAUCCUCAAAAUAGAUCUCAAACAGAAUCUAAUAAUUGAUGUUUAAAGUCUGGCAUAAAUGGAGUGGCAAAUUUUAGCUUUAAACAGUAAGAGUACAUGUUUCUGCAGCAUCCUAAGAAACUAUGAGAAGAUGGGGGUUGGCAGAGGGAAAAAAAAAAAAGAAUUAUUACAUAAGCAAUUUUGCACUCAGUUCCAGACACCACAGUAACAUGUGCCAUGGGCUACCGGAAUAUCAGUAAAUCUGCACACAGGUUCAUCUCAGUUGCAAAAGUUUCCUGUGAUGCAUCCACAAGUAAAACAGUGUUUUCAUGAAGAUGCAUGAAGGUCUAAAGGUGUCAGACACAGAUAUCUAUCGAUGAAGCUUUCAGUCUAAACCUUCCAUAGAUUCAGGCUUUCCUUGAUGUGUCUUUUUAGUGUCCUCUCAGAAAUUACAAACAGAUUUUGGAGCUUGCCUGAUUGUUGCGUCAGACAAUUUCUGUGCAUCUGCUUUUUGCAGCCUGAUGUGUGUGAUCCUAUGUUACCUUGGAGCCCUCUUAUCUCUCAGAAACAUUUUACAUCCUCAUAUAAAAAGAGCAGCAAGUACAAAAACUGAUUUGAUGAAAUGAAAGGGGAGAGAAGACUUUUAAGAAUGUGUUUCCCAGAGCAACAAUUUUGAAAUUGCAUGUCUGCAGGGCCGAAAUUACUCCAGACCAGUAAAUCAGACUUAGAGAUUGGUAAGAGAUGAGACCCUUGUGUGGCAUGCUGACAGAGGGUCAACUUCCAGCCUCACUAGAUGGUUACAUCAAGAUACAUAAGAGACCAGAAUCCAACCCAAAAUGUACUUCCCCAUUAUUGUGUGAUUAUAAGGUAAAGAUGACUUGUAUGACCCAUACAUCCACACAAGAAAAUUAUAGAGCAUUGUCCAACAACUGUGUUUGACAGCUCAGUAUAACCCCCUUUGAAGAAUAAUAGAAGUAAAAUCCUGGCCAUGGAAUAGUCAUUCAGAUUUUUGACUUUUUCUAGGAUUCCAUCACAGGACAGUAGGGCAAGCUGUUUAUGUUAUUUAGAGAUUGGCAUAAUAGUUUUCCCAGUGUAAGAGAACGAGUCAUCUAUACUGCUUACAAAAAUGGGAAGAUCCUAGUAGACAAACAUUUUUUUUCUAUUCAUGUCUCUUCCCCUUCAAGGCACAAACCUUCAUUAGUAAAUACCAAUUUACUAAUGAGUCUUGCUGCCCUCAGGAGUAGUCUGCAGGGAGGCACCACAGGUCCUCUUUACAGGAUUGGAAUUUACAUGCACCAUUCUCGAAGGAAUAAAAUUAAUUACUACUUGUGAACAA